UUUGUUUUAUUUUUACAAAAAAAUAUGGCUGAAAGUUCAUCCAAAGGCGACUCUGUUCCAAAAAAGUGGGCUUGCACUUAUUGCACUUUUCUCAAUUGGGAUGCUAGCAUUAAAUGUGUUUUGUGUUAUCAACCACGGAAUAAACCUAUGCUUAUUGAAGUGAAAACUUCAAUCGUUCACGAUGAACAACUUCGUUGGCCUUGUCCAACAUGUACAUAUAUGAAUUGUCAGCGUACAAAGCGUUGCAUUCAAUGUAAUACUGAUAGACCACUUCGUUAUGCAACUCCACCAUUUAUCAACAACCAAGUUAUUCCAAUUAAGCAGACUAUUAUUCAUACUCAGCCGCACAAGGAUAAUAAUUCAAUUUCUCGUGCACUUAAUAAAUGGACUUGUCAGAGUUGUACAUUCGACAAUUGGCCAAAAGCAACAAAAUGCACACUUUGUGGUCAAAAGCGUUUGAUAUCUCGAGUUCAAAGCCUUUCUCCACCUCAGGAAGCUGAAGUUCAGAAUUUGCAUCACAGGAAACGUAGUUGUGAAACUCAGCAUCAAGAAGUGGAAAGAACUGACAGCCGAGGAGAUAUUGAUUUGGAGUUAUUCAAUCAGCUGGCAAUCGGGAAUGCUCCUAGGCAUGGAAAUCGACCUGAACACAAUGUUAAUUUUAACUUUUUUUUUAAUUUGAAAGACAAAUGA